AUGAAAAAUGUUUUAAAAAAAAAGUUCGUAAGAAGGUUUUGUUACAAAAUAUGUAUCGCAGGAGCCUGUAAUAGUGGUAAAUCAUCCUUUAAUAAUGAUUUAUUAGAUAGAUUAAAUGUUAGUCAUAAAAAAUCAGUUAUUAGUAAUGUGGAUAAUUAUUGUAUAAAAAAUAAUGAGAAUAUUUUUAAACUUCAUAAAAAGAAAUGUUCUGUAACCGAUACAAUAGGAUUAAAUGAACGAAUGUUAAGUAAAUUAGAAAAAUGGAAAUUAGAAGGCUAUAAUAUGGAUAUGGAAAAUAAUAAUAUUUUAAAAAAUUAUUAUAAUUUAAUUAUGGAUAGUAAUUUAAUAUUUCUAUGUAUAAAACAUACAGAAAUAAGACAAAGUGAUAUUCUCUCAUAUAAUAUUAUAAAAGAUAUGUAUAAAAAUUUGGACAAUAUAUAUACUAUAGUUUAUAAUAAUAUAAAAGAUGGAACAAAUACACAACACACACAUACACAAUCUUAUAAUUUUCUUGAUAUAUAUGAAUAUUUUACUAAUAUUAUUUUCUACCCAUAUAAUAUAAAUGAAGAUCUAACAAAUGUUAUUAAGGAAAAAAUUAUAAAUUUUUAUGAAAUAACAAAAGUUACAAGUCAACAAAAUGAAGACCAGUUUAAAGACCAUCACGAAUUAAAAAAGGAUAUUAGUCAAGAUAAUGAUAAUAUAUUAAAAAAUUGUUAUAUAAAUAAGAACCUUUUGAAUACUCUUAAUAAAAAGGAAGAAGAACUCUUUUUUCAUAAUAAUCAAAUGUAUGAUAUAAUCGACGAAAGUGUAAGAAUUUUUCACCCCUCCAUGAGUUCAGAAACAAAAAAUUAUUUUUACAAAUUUGUGAAUUUGAAAAAAAAAGAUAAAUCUAAUAUGAAAUUAUUUAACGAUUAUUUUAGUGAACGUAUAUUGAAUAGGACUCCUCGGAAAAUUGGUCAGGUAGAAUUUGAUGAAAAAAAAAAUAAAAUAAUAAAUAAUGAAAAUAUUAAAAAUAAUGAAAAUAUUAAAAAUAAUGGCAAUAAUAAUAAUAAUGAUAAUAAUGAAAAUAAUGAUAAUAAUGACAAUAAUAAUAAUAAUUGUGAUCAAAAUGAGGAUUAUAAGGAAAAUUAUGAAAAUAAUGUAAUAACAAUGAACAAUGUGAAAAAUACAGAAGAAACAGGAAAAAAUAACAAAACAAAUUUAUAUCCUACGAACACAAAUUUAUAUCCUGUGGACACACAAACGGUUGAUAAUACAAUGCACCAAUAUAACGAUAAUUAUGAUAAAUUUAUAAAAAAAAAAAAACAAGCUUCCAUUUAUGAGACACCUAAAAAUGAAGAGGAAGAUGAUAAUGAUGAUACAAAUAAAUUUAGAGAAUAUUUUUUUAGCAAAAUACAAAAUAAUUAUAAUUUUGAAGAGAGAAAAAAAGAUAUACACGCAUUAAAAAAUAAAAGAAUUCGAAUCCUGAAAAAUAUUUUGAAUAAAAAGGAACAUGCUAAUCCAUAUGAUUUGAUAAAUAUAAAUAAAAAAAAGUAUGAUAAGGAUAUUCAAGAAAAUCAUACAAAUGAUGUACCUCUGUUUUACUGUGCAACAAAGGAUAUAAUAAAUGAAGGAAACAAACAUGUAGAUAUAGUUAAUAAAAAUGAUGUAAAAGAUAAAGAUUUAGAACAAAUUGAUAAUCGUAAGAUUAAUGAGAAUAUGCAUCGUGACAUAAAUAUUGAAAUGGACUCCACUGUGCUUCAAAAUUUUGUCGAUGAUGAUGAUAAUAAUAAUAAUAAUAAUAAUAAUAAUAAUAAUAAUAACAAAAUGAAUAUAAAUUCAUAUAGAAAUAAAAUAAUGAUGAACGAUGAAAAUAUGUGUAAUAAUAAAGAUAUAAAGGUAUGUGUGUUGGGAGAAAAGAAUUGUGGUAAAACGAGUUUAAUCGAAAGUAUUUUAAAAAAUAACAUAAUUAAUGAGAAUGAUGUAUAUGAACUGUUUGGAAAGAGAAAAUAUAUAAAUAAUGAUAUGAGUUUUUAUUAUAAGAAUAAAAAAAUUGAAAUCUUAGAUACAUGUAGUUUAAGCAAACAACAUAAAUUUAAAAAUGAAGAUCUUUUAUUUGAUGAAAAUAAUAGAGUAUAUACUAAUAUAAGAAAAAGUGAUAUAUGUAUAUAUAUUAAAGAAAUUAAAAAUAAUAAUAUAAAUUUAAAUAAAGUGGAUAAAAAAAUGAUUUUUUAUUUAUUAAAAGAAAAGAAAAAUAUUAUAUUUAUUGUAAAUAAAAUAGAUUUAAUUCUAACAAAUUUUGAAAAAAAAAGAAAUGAUUUUUUACAAGAAUUUUCAAACGUAUUUAAUGAUAUACCUAUCAUAUUUCUUAAUACCAAAAAUAAUACACAUAUAAAUACAUUAUUAAAUAAAAUUAUACAUAUUCAUAAAAUGAAUAAUGUUAUUAUAUCUACAUCUCUUUUAAAUUUAUUCCUUAUGCAAUUCUUAAAAUUAUUCCCAAUACCUUGGUUAAAAAAAAAAAAAUGUCAUUUUAAAUAUAUAAAACAAAUAAACACGAAUCCAAUCACAUUUCUUAUAUUUACAAACUUAUAUAGAAAGGUACCAAACAAUUAUCUUACUUUUUUCAAAAAAAAACUUAAACAUGAAUUUGACUUACGCUAUAUCAAUAUCCAGUUCAUUUUUAAAACUACAUGUGAUAAUAAAGAGAAGGUUAAGGGACGCAUCAAAUGA